UUCUGUCAACAGAAGCGUACGUCAGCAAGGUUGUUUUCUAACAUGGUGACGUCAUAGGGCUGGCGGAAAACGAAUCAAGGACAGAACCGAUGGCUCACAAGUGAACUUGUACGGGCUCAUGUGGCUCGCUUUUCUUCAUGCUGGGUUUGUUUUGGGACCGACGAGGCUAGCACAUCUGCUACUGACACUUGGCUGGAGCGUUCAAAUUGAGUUUAACAAGCAGGAUCAUGGUGUUGGUCCACAGCUAUUGUGAAGCCGGGUUUCCCAUUUCCCACACAUGGGUGGAUGAAGGAAUCGCCCCCUGCUUCUAUUUCACUCUGGUCCCUGCUGUCCUGCUCACUAUCGCUUUCUUCCUAGGCACCAUUCACUGUGUCUUUUACCAAAAAUAUGGCACAGCAAUGGAGCCCAAGUUCAUCCCCCGCUCUCAUCUCUACAGGCUCCAAGUGGCCAUUUCCAGCCUACUCUUGGUUCAGUCUGUGUGCGGGAUGGUGUGGCUUGCCACCCAUGAUCAGGAGCUCCCAGGCUAUGUGCUGAUUUAUGGCAGCUCAUCUGCCCUAGCCUGGGUUUGGGGGAUUGCUUUGCUCACUGUGGAGAGGCGCAGGGCUCUACUCGUGGAUCGAACGUGGGGCCACAGUACCGCGCUACUACUAUUCUGGGCGACAGCGUUCGCAGCUGAGAACCUGCCAUUUGUCUCCUGGUUCAGUCCUCACUGGUGGUGGGGCCUGGAGGACACCAGGCAACAGGUGCAGUUUGCCUUAUGGGUGGUGCGUUAUGUGGGCACAGGACUGCUCUUCUUUCUUGGUCUUAAGGCCCCAGGGUUGCCAAAGAGACCGUACAUUCUGCUUAUAAAUGAAGAUGAGCGAGACGUAGAGCAGAGCAGACAGAGCCUCUUGGGCAGACCAGAGCAGAACCAGUCAACUUGGCAAGGCUUCAGGAAGAAGAUGAGGCUACUGUUACCUUACAUGUGGCCUCAAGGCAGUGUCUGGCUCCAACUGCUUGUCCUCUUCUGUUUGGGGCUGCUGGCAGUCGAGAGGGUAAUCAAUGUCUUUGUUCCCAUUUACUACAAAAAUAUAGUUAAUGAACUCACGGAUGGCAGCAGCUGGCACACUCUGAUCAUCACUGUGUGUAUUUAUGUCCUGCUAAAGUUCAUGCAGGGUGGGGGAGCAGGAGCCUCAGGGUUUGUCAGCAACAUGCGCUCCUUCCUAUGGAUCAGAGUGCAGCAAUUCACUAACCGGGUAGUGCAGGUACGUCUGUUUGCCCACCUGCACGCCCUCUCACUCCGCUGGCACCUGGGCCGGAAAACUGGUGAUGUGCUGAGAAGUAUAGACCGUGGGACAUCUUCCAUAAACAGCUUGCUCAGCUAUAUAGUGUUCAGCAUCAUCCCAACAAUUGCUGACAUUGUCAUAUCCAUCAUUUACUUUAUCACCUAUUUCAACGCGUGGUUUGGCCUCAUUGUCUUUGUGUGCAUGACCCUCUACCUCACUAUGACCAUCAUUAUCACAGAGUGGAGGACUAAGUACAGACGGGACAUGAAUCAGCAGGACAAUAUUGCUAAGACUAAGGCGGUGGACUCCUUGCUGAACUUUGAGACUGUGAAAUACUACAAUGCAGAGAACUACGAAGUCAGCCGCUUUGAGGACGCUAUCUUGAAAUACCAGUCAUCAGAGUGGAAGACUCAGGCAUCCUUGGCUCUCCUCAAUCAAACCCAGAACCUGAUCAUCGGAGUGGGUCUGAUGGCUGGCUCCCUGCUCUGUGCCUAUUUUGUGACAGAAGGAAAGUUCCAGGUUGGUGAUUUUGUUCUGUUUGGAACAUAUAUCAUCCAACUGUAUACUCCUCUCAACUGGUUUGGAACCUACUACAGAAUGAUCCAAAAUUCAUUCAUUGACAUGGAAAGCAUGAUCAAACUUUUUGAGGAGGAGGAAGAGGUAAGAGAUGAUGUAAAUGCUGUGAAUUUUCACUACAAGCUGGGAAAAAUCGAAUUUGAAAAUGUUUACUUCAGCUACACACAUGGCAAGGAGGUUCUCAAGGACGUAUCCUUUACAGUGCUACCUGGACAGACUGUGGCCCUGGUAGGACCAUCAGGGUCCGGGAAGAGCACCAUCAUCCGACUCCUCUUCCGCUUCUAUGAUGUUCAGGACGGUUGCAUUCAUAUUGACAGUCAGGACAUAUCCAAAGUGACCCAGUCAUCUCUGCGAGCACACAUUGGUGUAGUCCCCCAGGAUACGGUGUUGUUCAACGACACUAUCCUGGAGAACAUACGCUAUGGUCGCAUCUCUGCAAGCGACCAGGAGGUGGAGGAGGCUGCCAUUGCUGGUGAUAUCCAUGACAGAAUCAUUGGAUUCCCUGAGGGUUAUGAUACUCAAGUGGGGGAAAGAGGCCUAAAGCUGAGUGGAGGAGAGAAGCAAAGGGUGGCGAUAGCAAGGACCAUCCUCAAAGCACCACAGAUUAUCCUGCUGGAUGAGGCCACAUCAGCGCUCGAUACCCAAACUGAACGCAACAUCCAGGCUUCACUCGCCAAAGUCUCUGCUAAUCGUACAACAGUUGUUGUAGCUCACAGGUUGUCCACAAUCAUCGCCGCAGACCAGAUUCUGGUCAUCAGCGAGGGUCGGAUCGCUGAGCAGGGACGACAUGAGGAUCUACUGCAAAAGCAUGGCCUGUAUGCAGACAUGUGGGCAAGUCAACAGCAGGCUCAGGACUCCGAUUCUUCAUCAGACACUGAAGCCAAAGGCUUACAAGUCUGAGAAACUGCAGCCACCUUCUACUCCCUCAGGCCACCAUGGCCAUUGAAUGUUGCUUGGUUGGUGUGAUGAUCUUGAGUCAAGAUAUUAUUUGAUCACUUGAGAGAAUGUAUCAGGCUUGUUUUUUUUUUUUUUAGAAUACUGUGUUUGAAUUUCUGAAAGGGAUCCAUUUUUUUCUAUGACUGGACUGGUUCAUUAUAACUAGCCCUAGUGAGAAUACAACAGUAGUUAGUAGUUUAUGUAAGGAUUUAGUCAUUCAAUCACAUUUUUAAGACGGGCCAUUUUUAUUUUCUACAUAUUUUUAAGUGAUGAUAUUAGGAAAUACUGUCCUACAUAUGAUAGGGAUAACCAAAUCAUAAAUCAUGGUAAUGUGGUAAUGUUAGAAGGUUUUUAAAGAGGUAAUAAUAAAGCCAUAGAUUGUGCCACUGGGUUUGAGGCUUUGUGAUGAUGUGCUGGGCAAACUGUUGUUGCUGCAAAAACACAUUUCUGGUGGACUAUCUGUCAAAUAAAGGUAAGUUUCUUUGGGCUUGUCCCUUU